UUUUUUAAGUUAUUACUGACUGGAACUGGUUUGCUGGUGCCUCCUCCGACCCAGCGCCUUUCCAAGCGUGUGCCUUGCAAUGUCCCGCCUGCUGCACGCAGAAGAGUGGGCUGAAGUGAAGGAGUUGGGGAACCACCAUCGCCAUCCCCAACCGCACCACCUCUCGCCGCCGCCGCCGCCGCCUCAGCCACCUGCGGCCCUGCAGGCCAGAGAGCACUCGAUCUACCCAACCGAGCUGUCCCUCCUGAACAGCACCGACCCACGCGCCUGGCUGGCUCCCACUUUGCAGGGCAUCUGCACUACCCGCGCCGCCCAGUACCUGCUGCAUUCCCCGGACUUGGGUGCCUCUGAGGCCGCGGUGCCACGGGACGAGGCGGAUGCCCGCGGGGAGCUGGCCAGGAGGAGCGGCGGGGGCAGCAGCAAGAGCCCGGGACCCGUGAAGGUGCGGGAACAGCUGUGCAAGCUGAAAGGCGGGGUGGUGGUGGAGGAGCUGGGCUGCAGCCGCCAACGGGCCCCUUCCAGUAAGCAGGUGAAUGGGGUGCAGAAGCAGCGACGGCUGGCGGCAAACGCCAGGGAGCGGCGCAGGAUGCACGGGCUGAACCACGCCUUCGACCAGCUGCGCAACGUUAUCCCGUCUUUCAACAACGACAAGAAGCUGUCCAAGUACGAAACCCUGCAAAUGGCCCAGAUCUACAUCAACGCCCUGUCCGAGCUGCUGCAGACGCCCAACGGCGGGGAGCAGCCGCCGCCGCCGCCGCCACCUCCGCCUCCAGCUUCUUGCAAAAGUGACCACCACCACCUGCGCGCCGGAGCCCCCUACGAGAGCAGCGUGGGCCCAGCCCCUACGGCCGGGGCGCCCCCGGGCUCUGGAGGGGGUCCACGGCCGGCCCCGCCUGGGAGCUGCCGGACUCGCUUCUCCAGCCAGGCGUCAGCAGGGGGGUACACGGUACAGCUGGACGCUCUGCACUUCUCCGCUUUCGAGGACAGUGCGCUAACGGCGAUGAUGGCGCAAAAGAAUUUGUCGCCCACGCUGCCCGGCGGCAUCCUACCCCCUGUGGCGGAGGAAAGUAGCAAAACCUCGCCCCGCUCCCACAGAAGCGAUGGCGAGUUUUCCCCCCAUUCCCAUUACAGUGACUCGGAUGAGGCGAGUUAGGAAGGUGACAGCAGCCUGGAAACGGAGGCAGAAACAAAACCGCCCUCUCUCCGUGCGCGGGAAGCCCCGCGGUUCAAGAUCUCCGCAUCCUUUGAUUUUUGCUCUGCGACGGUCGUUGUUUAGCAACGACUUGGCUUCAGAUGGCAGCUACAUUGGACGGUUUGCAAAUGCCACCGCGUAUUCCAAACUUCCUGCGGUCUGUGUUGUUUGAUGAUGAAAACUGGCUGUGAAAGUGUCGCCUUCCCGCCCACUUUGCUCUCUGGUCCGAUUACCCGUACCCAUAUAUAACACACUUACUCUAGUUCCCUGCUGCCAAUCCGCUG